UGCAAAAAGUACAGUUAUAGACAGAACCACCGUAUAGCUCUCUCAUUCAAUUCUCCUUCAAAAAAGCUCGCGGUCUCCUCUCGGUGUAGCCGUCCCGGACUUCUGUCUUUCUCUCUGUCUCAACUGUUUCUUCAAAAAACUCACUCCACAAGAAAAAACUGACGGAGACAAUGACCGUUUCUGAUUUGAUAACCAGAGCCGAACUGAUUUACAAGAAAUACGAAAAGUACGACGUCGAUAAGCAAAAGGACAUUAACGUAGCAGGCGAUGAUGCUUUCGCGCGCCUCUACGGCGUCGUCGAGGCUGACCUUGAAGCUGCUUUUCAAAAAUCGGAGUUGGCAGCAAUGGAGAAGAAUAGGGCUACAGCUAUUGCUAUUAAUGCAGAGAUACGAAGAACGAAGGCUCGAAUGCUUGAGGAACUCCCGAAAUUGCAGAGACUGGCUCUUAAAAAGGUAAAAGGGCUCUCACAUGAAGAGCUUGAAGCUCGUAGUGAUUUGGUUUCUACAUUAAAAGACAGGAUUGAAGCAAUACCAGAUGGAAGUGCAGGCACAGUUAAAGAAACUGGUGAUCGGGCACCUUCAACUUCACAUACGGGAAUCAAAUUUCACUCUACUUAUGAUGGUAGAUUUGAUAAUGAAUAUUUCCAGCAAACUGAAGAGUCAGAUCGAUUUAGGCAGGAAUAUGAAAUGCGUAGAAUGAAACAGGAUCAAGGUUUAGAUGUCAUAGCAGAAGGAUUAGACACUCUGAAAGACAUGGCGCAUGACAUGAAUGAGGAAUUGGACAGACAAUUGCCUCAGAUGGAUGAAAUAGAUGACAAGGUUGACAGAGCAACCUCAGAUAUCAAAAAUACUAAUGUGAGACUUAAGGAUACUCUCAACCAGCUGAGGUCCAGUCGUAACUUUUGCAUCGACAUCAUCCUUCUGUGUAUAAUUUUAGGCAUUGCCGCUUAUUUAUACAAUGUGUUGAAGUGAAGUGUAACGCUUACAGCAGCUACUUCCACAACUCCUAAUUUACUGGUACUGGUAGGGACACGCUUCCACCGCAGAAUUUUAUUCUCACAAAUUUAUUUGCUUCCAGUAAAAUUAUACUCUUUAGAUCUGUAAUGUUUUAAAUCUUGUAUUUUAGUGAGUACUAACAUAAACAAAUA